AUGAGAUACUCCAGAUUCCUUAGAAACGUCCAGGAAGUCUUGAUCAAGACCGAGAGCGGAAGACCAACUGGUAUCACCGGUAUUUACCAACACCCUAACCCCCGGCCAGCUUUGAUUGCCGUUUAUAACGCCACACUGAAAGAGCUUGAGAAGAGUUUCCCUAAGGAGAGCGUAUACAGACAGUCUGUUGAGAACAUUACAACUGCUCGCAAGCAGGUUGUUGAGCAAUAUGAGGUCACAGAGGUUAUUGAGAACAAAAUUGGUUCUGGUCUGAUAGAAGAGAUUUUGAUUCAGGCUGGUGAGGAAUACGAGCUGGUCAAGAAGAUGGCUGAGUGGAAGCCUUGGGAGGAAUUGGUUGAGAAGCCUUUGGAGGACCAGUGGGAGUACUUUAGCUCCAUGAACAAGGACUAA